AUGUUGUAUGCUGCCCAAUCUCCAUUGUGGGAUGGAUGCGAGUCACAUUCAGAGUUGCCAGCUGCGGUGAGGCUUUUAAGCAUUAAAGCUGACUACAACAUGUCGCAGGGUUGUUUCGAUGACGUUGUUCACCUUAUGAAAGAAACAAUGCCUACAGAUAAUAGGAUGCCUGUAACUUUUUAUCAAGCCAAGAAGUCAGUGUCUAAACUCGGACUUGGUUAUCAACGGAUCUAUUGUUGUCCAGACGAUUGUAUGAUAUACUAUAAGGACGAUGCACAUUUGACUCAGUGUAAAUUUUGUGGGGUAAACCGUUAUAAACCUUGGAGAACUGGGCGUGAAAAUUUCAAGGAGAUUCCGAUUAAACUUAUGUGGUACCUACCACUAAUUCCAAGGCUUCAGAGGCUAUUUAGUUCAACAGUUACAGCAAAGGAGAUGAGGCGGCAUUAUGAGCAUCAAUGCGAGUCUGACACCCUAUGUCAUCCAUCUGAUCGAGAAGCAUGGAAAAAUUUUGACAGAACAUAUCAAGAUUUCGCUUCAGACCCACGCAGUGUAAGAUUAGGUUUGUGCGCAGAUGGUUUCACUCCUUUUGGACAAUCUGGUAAGAACUAUUCAUGUUGGCCUGUCAUUUUGACUCCUUAUAAUUUACCGCCUGGGAUGUGUAUCGUAACAUACGAUGUUUCUAUGAAAGAAAAUUUUAUUUUGAGAGUAGCGUUGAUGUGGACUAUCAACGAUUUUCCUGCCUAUGGUAUGCUGUCUAGAUGGACGACACAGGGGAAGUUAGCAUGUCCUUACUGCAUGGAGUGUUCAAAGGCGUUUACGUUGAAAAAUGGUAGGAAAAAUUCAUGGUUUGAUUGUCACAGACAAUUUUUGCCUAUGACACAUCCUUUUAGGAGGAACAAGGAUGCAUUUUUCAAGAAUCGAAUGGAGAAAUCACAACCUCCCCCACGUUUGUCUGUAGAAGAAGUUUUGGCACGAGUUUGGAACUUUCCAAAGAUUACUGAGACAGGGCCAUUAUCAUUGCCGGGAUAUGGCCAAGAUCAUAACUGGACAAAAAAGAGCAUCUUCUUGAAUCUGCCUUAUUGGAGCAAUAAUAUUAUACGAAAUAACUUCGAUGUCAUGCAUAUUGAGAAGAACGUGUUUGACAAUGUUUUCAAUAUGUGUAUGGAUGUUAAGGGAAAAACAAAGGAUAAUGCAAAGUCCCAUCUAGAUCUCUCACAUUAUUGUAAAUGCAGAGCUUUAGAGUUGGUGGAGUAUGACAACGGUAACUCCUUCAAACCGAAAGCACAAUUUUGCCUUAACAUGGAGCAAAGAAGAGCUAUUUGUUCUUGGGUUUCCAGUUUAAAGUUGCCAGACGGUUAUGCAUCCAAUCUAGGCAGGUGCGUAGAUAUGAGAGAAUGA